AUGGCGGCAUGGGAGGACGAUGAUAUUCUCGACACGCUGCGUCGCUUAUUCGAAGGUGUUAUGGAUCCGUUCGUUCGAGUUGUUGGUCGCAGAAAUGGGUGUGCGGCGCCGAGUAUAUACGAGAGUAGUGGGACUGGGACUGGGACAAUGGGACUCGAGUCCCACUUUUCCCAGUCCCAGUCCCAUCCCCGAGGGCCCGGAGUGGGACUCAGUGAAUCAAUAUCAUCCGCGUUGAGGGAUCGAGACAUGUCGCAUCACGUCGGUUGCGGCGCCGGCCGCGACGGCCGGGGUUUUCCACCCCGGACCCCGACCAGGGCCUUGCCCUGGACCCACCCUGCCGGGGGCUUCCGCUCGCCGCGUGGCCCGCUGCGCGGUGACAUGAGAAUGUGCGGGCGACACGUGGCACCACACAUCUUGGCUCUUACCCUCAUGGAGCUGCCAGCUGAGCUCAUCGACGCCAUCGUUUGCGACGUGAAGAGAAAGGACGAUCUCAGGUCGCUGUGUCUCGCCGCAUCGUGCUUUCGGUUCCCCUGUCAACAGCGCCUCUUCGGCACGCUCAGUAUUUCAAGUUGGGAGGGUAGAAGGGGGACAAGCUAUGCGCGGGCAGCCGUGCAAUUCGAGCGCUACCCCCACCUUGCUGCGCUCGUAGGCGAACUCAGAGUCUCGCUCAAGAAUCCUCGAGCUUAUCACAGUCCGUAUACCUCCGCCCACGACUCGGACCACGAUGCGGCCCGGCUCGCCACGCUUUUUGCACGCUUUACCGGCGUGUACUCGCUAACCAUAUCCGGUGACGAUGGUGCGUGGUUCACUAUGGCCGCCAUCAACAGGGCUUUCGCUGAUUGGCUGGUGCUCAUUCCACCCGGCACACUGCGGAAGGUCCGCUUCUCACAUAUCUGGGUCGUCCCGCGCCGCAUCAUUCGUUCCGUCUUCCGCGCGCUGGCGCCGCACUCGCAUGUCGAUUUCGACGUUGUGACGAUUGAGGAUAUUGCGUGCGAUGACCACCCCCCAUAUACAACGCAUUCCUGCGAAUUCGAGUUCAGGGACUGUCUCCGCAUGGACGCCCUUGCUCAGCCGGAGUUCUUGCCAUCCAUGCGCGCUCUCCGGAAGCUUGUCGUCCCGGUCAACGACCGCCUCGGUUUUUCGGAGGCGCUGCGCAUCUGCCAGGCCGCAGCCGGAAAUCUGGAACAUCUGCAUCUCAGGGUGACUAGGGCUACCGUUCUGGGGUAUGAUAAUCCACAGACUAUCGCAUUACCGCAGUGUCUCUCCGCGCUCAGCCAAGUCACGCUCACCUUCUUCUCGCUCGACUACGAGCUCCAGCUAGACAAACACUUCACCUGGGUGUUCACCACCAUCGUCGCUCCGCUCCUCCAGCGCAGCGUCACCCCCGCCUUGACCACCUUCGCUCUGCCCGUUGCGAUCUACGAGGAGCUUGCGCAGACUAUGGAUCACCUCAUAGAGGUGCUUCGCGACGAGACGGCAGCAGUGUGCCUAUGCCUACUCGACAGCAUCCUCACGGGUCGAGACAUCCGGUUGGUAUUGGUCCUCCAUGUGCGCAACUCGCAGCAGGUCAGUGGAGAUGAGCGAAAGACGCUUGUACAGGAGCUCGGAGAGCGUCUGCCGGGACUGGCUGAGAAGUGUUUGCUGGAUAUGGUGCUCGCGCCGUUCAAAGCUCUUGAUUAA